AUGGGCGUUGGCCGACCUGCAAAGACAAAUACGAGAAAUCCAGAUCUCCCUGGGCCCACGGACAAGGAAACCGACCCCAUCUCGACAACAACGGAGACGAACCUCCAGCCGAGAACGGCGAAGCGACCAGGUCAUUUGCUGGUUUCAUCGCACAUUUGGCGAUGGAGCCAGAAACUGCAGACCUCCCUGUACACACCCAACGAUUACACCGCUAAGCCCACCCUGUUCAAACUACGAGCUGCGAAUGGUUCCGCGAUAAACACGUACGGAGAAAGGACCCUCACUCUGAACAUCGGCGUGCGACGUGAUUUCACUUGGAUAUUCACCGUGUCUAACGUGAAGAUACCCAUCCUCGGCGCGGAUUACGCACUAGCGGUCCAUAUGAACCCUAUCCGACACAACUACGAAUUUCCGUGUCUUAGCUAUAACUACUUCGCUUGUCUUCUUAAAUACAGUAUUCUCACUGUGUUCCCAGGUAUAAACUACCAGAACCAGCAUCAUCAGUACCGCGAGCCGCCUCUAGUCCAUGUCUGCAAGGAUAUGGAGAGAAUAUAUCAAGCACUGACCCGCACCACCACCAGUGCCGUGAAAGCAUGGGGGCCCUUCCACACAACCCACAACACCGAGGAUAAUUGCCCGGUCAGUCCCAGACCGUUACUCAUUCAGCACAACCAUUCUGAUUCCACUUACUCUUUGGGCUCGGGCUUCACCGCCCCACUUAAUCGCAAUUUCAGUGGUAAUUCCUCAUUAGCACCAGGCGCUUCUUCAGCCCGCAAUUUACUCUGCAAUUGUGCUAACGGAAUUUCAUCCUCUUUUUCCCAUUCACUCAGUUCCUCUUCUUCCCUAAGGUUAGGGUCAAUUCCUGCCUCCUCAGAAUUUCCCGCUGGUGUCCGCUUUACCUCCCUCAGCCUUCGAAGAGUAGUUGGGCUAACGUCAAUCUCUUCACUCCCUUCGCUUUCACUCCCCGAGCGUUUAUAUCCUCCUCCCUUAUUUCCUUGCUACCUAUCUUAUUCCCAGGCCUAUUCUCAUUCCAUACUCUCACCUGCUCGACUACUCUCACUGGGCACGCCUGUGCCAGCUCCUCUCCCUGCUUAA